GUUGCCGUGGGUAUAUUUAAAGAUUUUCAAUUCGAGUUUAAUAUACAUUACGAGUGUUAACUUGGUCAGAGUCAGUUGUUGUGUCAGCAAACCAGUUGUAACCAUGAAGUUCUUAGUUCUCACAAUAUUGGCGUUAGCGUGGCUGGAAGGAUUUUACUGUGCACCAUUCUUAGAAUUCCUUAUUCCUAAGAGCAGCAACCUGAGCUAUAGGGGUGGCUGGUCUGCAGAAGUCCCUGACCUGGCUCGCGUGGGUGGAAACCACGAAUUCGACUGGAACACGGAAUGGGAGAAGCCAAUGCAACGACCACGUCUCCGCCGCCCGCCACCUAGGCAAGACCCCGAUUCUGAAAAUUACUAUCCCAACUAUCCCACCUAUCCCGGAAACUAUCCCAAUAAUUAUCCGCAAUACCAAGCCGAAAUAUAUUAAUAGCAAAAAAUACAUACUAGCGUCAACUAACUAAAUAGUUUAAUAAAGUUUGUAUUAGAAAUCA